UUUCUCAAACUCUACAGAAAUAAAAUGAAUUCAUUCAGAGUUAAAAAACUUUCAGAUAAAGCUACCAUUCCACAACGUGGUACAAAAUUUGCAGCUGGUUAUGAUCUUUCAAGUGCCCAAGAUUUAGUUGUACCAGCUCGUGGUAAGGCCUUAGCAAUGACAGAUCUCCAAAUCGCAAUUCCAGAAGGUACAUAUGCCAGAAUUGCACCAAGAUCAGGUUUAGCAUGGAAAAACUCCAUUGAUACAGGUGCUGGUGUUAUUGACUAUGACUAUAGAGGAAAUGUUGGUGUUAUUCUUUUCAAUCAUUCUGAUAAUGAUUUCAAAGUUAAUGUUGGUGACAGAAUCGCUCAAUUAAUUUUAGAGAGAAUCGAGACACCUGAAGUCGAAGAGGUUGAUAGUUUAGAUGUUACCGAAAGAGGAGCUGGUGGUUUUGGUUCUACCGGUGUUUCUGUUGCUGUCAGAAAUAAACAAGCCUAA